AUGUCCAACAACAAUGCGCAGAACGGCAAUGGCAAUGGCGCCGGGUCCAACGGCAACGACAGUGCCAGCGGAACAGCCACGACAGGAAGUGGCACCGGGGGACUCAGCCCUACGACCUUGCGAUUGAUUCACAGAGUCAGAGACAAUAUUCAAAACAGGUCCAAUAACAAUCAAGAAGAAAGUGUUCGUGGUGGUAUUGCGCAGGGAAGAUCGGAUCAAGCAGCUCAGGCAACGAUAGGGGCCAACGCUGGCACCACGACCGCAACCACCUCGACAAAUGGGCACAAUGCCACUAAUGGAGGUACUACCAACAGUAAUGGCACAGGCUAA